CGUGGAACUUAUAUUUCAAUGAAAUACAUGUAGAGAUUUGUGAGGAGUCUCGGAUACAAUUGUGAAGAGUGCAAUCUCACUAGCUGACAAGGCGAUUUCAAAUUUUUUGACAAUGCCUCACUGUAUUCCACAACAAGAACAAAAAGAUCAUAGAACGAUGGGACAAAACAGCAGAACUCCGAUCCGAGGUGAAAAUAACAAAAAUGGACUGACAUUCCUACAACAACUUGAACAAGUUGAUCAAUCGGAGGAUGUUUGUUUUACUGAAUUACAACAGUUACAGAAAGAAAGCCCAGAAAUGGUUUUACGGGGCAAUAUUGAUGCUGAUCUACGUUGUUUGAUGUGGUUACCAAAAUAUACUUUAGACUGGAUUUGUGACAUUGAUAAGAUUGGAAAGAAAAAAGAUGUAUCUACUAAAAGACCAAUUCAGAAUCUGCCAUAUAGCUACAAUGAAAUCCUUAAGAUGGCGUUUGAGGAACAGGGACCUUUGACCGUGGAAGAAAUUUAUCAGUGGAUUAUGAAGAAGUUUCCUUGCUUUCCAGACAAAGACUACUCAUGGAAGAAUUCCAUCAGACAAAAACUAAGUACAAAUAUAUGGUUUGUCAAGUCAGACAAGACAGGAAAAAAGCAUGAGUGGAGGUAUGACAGAAAGAAAGAAGAGUAUGCCAAAGAGCAACCUUCUAAGAGCCUGGAAUAUAUCAAGUUGCAUUGGAAAAAGAAGAAGCUCCAACUUAUGGCAAAGAGAAAACAAACCAAGGUCAAGAACACAGCUGUAGUUACAACAGCAACUACUAUCAGUCCAGCAGUUCCAGUGCAUCCAUGGCAAACCAUCCAAUCUGUUCCAACUUUUUACCCAUGGGUCACUUCCAUGAUAGCACAGGCACCAACUGCUCCUGCCUCAGAGUUUAGCUCAAGCUUUCUUGAACUCAUUUCACCUACUUUAGAGUACUCACGGAUGGAACAGUCCCCAUUUUCUAACCUGCCCUCUACUCCCUUGGCCAAGAUGACUCCAUAUAGGUGGCCAGAAAGUGGCAAAACAAUCAGAGGUUUGUUGAAUCCCAUCUCACAUGAUGACAUUCUGUCAGAAUGUGGUCUUCUAGACAUGCAACCAAACACAAGCACUAUCCAUUCUAUACCAAGUCCAGCAUUCAAUAUCCCAGUCAGCAUUGCAGAAGCAGGGCAGGGUCUUUUUGAUGAAAUUGGUUAAACCUGGAGGAUACCUACAUUUCAGUGAUACUUUGGGUCAAAGGAAGCCUACAUACAUUGCCUUUGAAAAAAAAAGGACUCUUUAAAAUUGGACUGCACACCAAAAAGCAUGUUUGGAGCAUGUGCAGAAAAAGAUUGGCCAAACUUACCAUUACCUGCCAGAUUUAAACAUCUACCUACCUUGUGCAAGCUACUUUUAAUGUUUUUGCCCCUAUGUACAAGUUCAUUUUCAAUUAAUUGAAUAUGCAUUGCAUGUGCUUCAUGAAAUUCAUUUUAUUUCAUAAAAUCACAGAAAAGCUGCAUGAAAUCAACACACAAAAAUGAAUUAUAGCUUUUCAGUUAUUUUAUGUUAGAAGGUACAAAACAAAAAAAAAAAAAGAUUUAAAUUCUCAAAUGUAAACUUUCCAUAAGAAUUUCUUGGUAAUAGUAGUGCUGCCAGUGCAUAAUUUUAAGUUUUUUUAAAAAAAUCAUUCAUUUAACAAAGGCAAGCAAAGUUGGACUACUGUCCAUGAUAAUGCUUGUCUCAGACAUAAAGAUUUUUAGAACUUGGUUUACAAUAUCAUUGUGCUGAUAAUAAAAAGUUCUGAAAAGAGUUAUGUCUGAUUAAAACAUAACCACACUUUCUGAAUCUUUUGUAAAUUAUAAAAUGCAUACCCCUGCUCCUUAAUUGCAUUUUGCUCUUACUGAAAAUACUAGGAAUGCUUGUAACUGUUCACUUGGCUUACGCUAACAUAAAUUUAAAAAAAAAUUAAAAAGCGGGUUUUUUUUUUUUUU